GCCCGUCUUCUUCAUUCUCUCUCCAUUUAGCAUUUCAUUUUUCUUUGCUAAAAAUGGACUCAGUCUCAAUCUUACCAGACUUCUCUGACCUUCCUAAUCACUUGCUCAGCGUCAUCGCUGAAUACCUGGAAGAUCGCUUUGACACCCACCAUUUCCGCGCCGUCUGUAAUUCGUUUUUUGAGUCAGCUGAACGUCCGAGAAUACCCGUUUCUCCACACAAAAAGAUCAAAAUUUACUUCCCCUUGAGUGUCGCCGUUGAACUUUGGGGCGAGUUUGUUCUUGCUGAGUCGACAAUAUACGCCUUGGAGCCCCUAAACAAGAUCUACAAUGCCCAUUUGACCUCCAACACUUGGCUGGUCAGGUUGGAAGAGACAGAGCCUGGAAAAGUCAUUCUUGAAGACCCUCUUUCCAGGAUUUACGUUAAUCAAGUGGCCAGGAAGUUGCCACAAACGCUAAACCUUCUUGAUUAUCGCGUCAAAGAGAUUUCUAAAUCCUACCGCCUUGAACUGGUUUCCUCAACUUUUGCCCGGCACAUAUUAUACUUUGAAAAAGUUGUUAUCUCUCCACUUGGUGGCUUCUGCGUAAUGGCUCUCGUUAGCGGCGGGAGAGUGGGGAUAUGGAGAUGUUCAACCCGGAAUUGGCUCAACAUUGCAGUUGUUGACAAUGGUUUUCGUUUCGAAGAUGUUUCUUAUCAUGAUAACAAAUUCUAUGCCGUGAACACUCGGGGUGCCACCAUGACCGUGGAUCCUGAAACUUUGGAUAUCUUUGAAGUUGCCGGUCCCCUUCAGGAAUGGAGUAGUGGGUUCAAAUAUCUUGUAAAUUCUUCAGAUGGGAUGUACCUGGUGAAAAAAUUCUGGAUAGAAGAAUGCUGUGGUUGCCAUAUGGAUGCUGAUAAAGAAGCCUGUCCAAUCCGUUUGCUUGUGUUCAAACUGGACGAGCGGAGGCGCCAGUGGCUGCCGCUGGGGGAUGAGUUGAAGGACCGGGCGCUGUUCGUCGGUGAGGAUUGCUCCUUCUCUAUGUCGACCAAGGAUUUUGCUGGGAUUAAACCCAACUGUGUUUACUUUGCGGAUGAUGAGUUUUACAGGGUUAACAGGCAUCAUCCCGGUGGCAAUGUUGGCAUUUUUGACCUGGAGACUCAAACAGCUGCGCCACUGGGUGCCUUCCCAGGCUAUUCUAAAUUAUUCUGGCCACCACCGCCGUGGCUCAAGCUGAGCUCCGCCUCCACCUCCAAGGUCAAUGGAUAAAAACAAUUGUUUUUUAUGUUUCACCAUGAACAAGUCAAGAAAUUUGUGUUUUACACUUCUAAAUACUCGUAGUUACAGAUGAACAACAACAACAACAAUAUGAUAGGGAUUCUGGGUACUGUUUUAACAAGUUUAUUUUUUAAUUUUUUGAGCUCUGAAAUGUGUACUGUUCUAGUUAAUUGACUAGAAAUUCCAGAUUUUUGUCUAUAAUGGCUGCUACCAUGUUUUGUUUGUACACGUAAGUUUGUCUUGGAGUGGUGAAUUCAUUCGAAACGAAUGUAAAGAGAAAGUAAGCUAAAGAUAUUGAGGAUAUGCA